ACAGUUUAUGAGAACUUGUGAUGGUACAGGACAGCUGGGGACAACAAUCAAAGUCAUAACUAAUCAAAUGAUGGACAAAAUGGUUAAUGUUGUCAAUGCGACCUCUAAUAAGACAACCUGUUUUAUACAGCCUGAUACUGCAAAUGGCAUCCUAAUCGCUAUCUACACCUCAGUAAUCAUUGGUGGCACCAUUGGAAUCAUUAUAAUGCUAUCUCUGUUGUGUAGAACCAAUACUCGUUCUGUGACCAUCACUGCAAUAAUCAACCUACUAGUUAUCCAUGGCGUCUUUAUUCUCACGGUUCCCUUUCGGAUUGCGUAUUACAUUCAGCAAGAAUGGACAUUUUCAUUUGAAUUUUGCAGGUUUAUAAGUGCCAUGAUACAUAUCCACAUGUAUCUUUCAUUUAUAUUUUAUGUCGCUUUGCUCAUCAUCAGAUAUAUAAGUUACUUUAAACAUAAAGACAAGAUUGAGUUCUACAGGAAAAUGCAUUCGGUGGUGGCCAGUGCCACUGUAUGGAUUGUGAUAUUGCUAGUGGUUUUGCCUGUGAUCUUACUUCAGUAUGGUACAGACAGCAAAAAAUAUGGGCCUAAAGAGUGUUUCAACUUUCACAAGGAAAUCAACAAACCUUUUGUGGCUGUCUUGAACUACAUUGCAGUUACUGUCAUGUUCCUUGUGGUAUGUAUUCUUCUCAUUGUGCAAGUUUUCAUCAUUGUGAAGAUUGGAAAGAAACUAAAAGGCACAGCUUUAGAUCACCAAGAAUUCUGGGCUCAGCUGAAGAGUUUAUUUUUCAUUUUGGUCAUGAUCAUUUGCUUCGUUCCUUAUCAUAUGUUUCGGGUGUACUUUUUACAUCACACCAGUGACUGCUUUUAUUACAAUGAGAUUUUUCUAGGCAUAACAGCCCUAAGCUGUUUGGAUCUUCUGUCAUUUUCAGUACAAACUGUUUCCCGAAAAUGUUUUAGCACAUGACAUGAAAUGCCUGUGAUUGACUCUUUUGUGACCAUACAACAUUACACCCAGGUGAUAAUAUCACACUGACCAGUUUCCUGUUUCUAAUUUCUUGAUAAAAGGACCGUUUCCUGUAAACAUACAUCUAAGAUAGCAAUGCUAAUCCUUAUUAAUAUACACAGAUAACAUAUUGUGCAGCACUUUACAAUACAAAGAGUACAUGUUCAGACAAUACAAAAUAAAAAAUAAAUGAAUGCUCAUCCCAAAUCACUCCAAAACGUCAUGUACAAUGUGAAAACCAGGAAUGCUGAUAUAGUGUGUGUGAACAGGAACUGUCAGGCUCAUGAAUUUACACGUACGUCUAGACUAGCAUUAAAGGGGUACUCCGCCCCUAGACAUCUUAUCCCCUACGCAAAGGGGACCCCCAUGAUCUCGGCUGCCGCACCACAGACAUCCGGUGCACGAAGCAAUCUUCGCUCUGUGUCGGAUGACUGGUGAUGCGAGGCGGAGGCUCGU